UGCUUUGAAUAGAUACAGAAGUAGAAAAUUUGCACAUAAUAAAAUACAAUAAUUGACUAAAUAGUGUUUGGUACUAAGUGUUUUUCAGCAGCACAGAAUACAUAAACUUUUCUGUUAACAUACAUAUAUGUCUCCCUACUGUUUUGGGAAAUAGUUGAAAGUAAAAACUUAACCAUAAACAUGUCACAAAUGAACAUGACUUGUACUGCAAGGUUUCUAAGCUUCAUUCUACUUCAUAUUUUUCUCUUCACCUUAACAAAUGCACAAUCACCAUAUUACAGGUUAAAUUUUUGCCAGAAUUCAACAGAAAAAACAAACAACACAUCAUACCGAUCCAACGUUAGAAAUCUUCUUCUAUGGAUAAACACUGAUUCUGCAACAGGCUCAGUAUCUAACCACAUAGCCAUAAACAGCAACAAAACUAACAGCAAUGAUAAUGAUGGUGAUGUUGUGUAUGGAUUCUACGAUUGUCGUGGUGACGUAACAGGAAGUUUCUGUCAAUUUUGUAUCAACGCUGCUGUUAGAGCGAUCGCUCAAUGUUGUCCCAAUGGCGUCUCGGCUAUGAUAUGGUAUGACAUAUGUGUCAUCGGUUAUUCUGACCAUAAUACAUCAGGAAAAAUUUCUGUUACCCCAUCAUGGAAUUUAACCGGAACCAAAAACACGAAGGACUCAACUGAACUUGAGAAAGCAGUAGAUGACAUGAGGAAUUUGAUAGGAAGAGUGACGGCAGAAGCUAAUUCCAAUUGGGCAGUGGGAGAGUUCGAUUGGAGUGACACCGAGAAAAGGUAUGGUUGGGUGCAGUGUAAUAGUGACCUUACAAAAGACGGGUGCAGAUAUUGUUUGGAAACUAUGUUGGAUAAAGUUCCUCAAUGUUGUGGAACAAAGGUAAAAUGGGCAGUGGUGUCUCCUAGUUGUGGAAUGGAGAUUGAUGAUAAUAAGUUCUACAACUUCCAAACAGAAUCGCCUCCUUCGUUGCCAAAUCCAGGCAAACAGGACGGGGCGAGUAAUACCAAAACCUUGAUCAUCAUCUUAGUAAGUGUACUGGUGGCAGUAGCUCUACUAAGUUGUUCUGUCUAUUACUACCGGAGAAAAAAUAGGUUAAAUAAAGGUGGUUUGCUGUUAAGGACCAUUACUCCUAAGUCUUUCCGUGACCAUGUUCCAAGAGAGGAUUCAUUCAAUGGAGAUCUUCCUACAAUCCCUUUAACUGUAAUUCAACAAAGCACCGAUAACUUUUCGGAGUCAUUUAAAUUAGGAGAAGGUGGAUUUGGCCCAGUUUACAAGGGUACUUUACCAGAUGGGACCGAAAUUGCAGCCAAAAGGCUUUCAGAAACGUCAGGUCAAGGUUUAGAGGAGUUUAAGAAUGAAGUAAUUUUCAUAGCGAAACUUCAACAUAGAAACCUUGUGAAACUCUUAGGUUGCUGCUUUGAAGAAAAUGAAAAGAUACUAGUAUAUGAGUAUAUGCCAAAUUCAAGCCUUAACUUUCACCUUUUCAAUGAAGAAAAACAUAAGCAUCUAGAUUGGAAACUACGACUAAGCAUUAUCAAAGGAAUCGCAAGAGGACUUCUAUACCUUCAUGAGGAUUCUCCACUUAGAGUAAUCCACAGAGAUCUGAAAGCGAGCAAUGUUCUUCUGGAUGAUGAAAUGAAUCCAAAAAUAUCUGAUUUUGGAUUAGCAAGGGCAUUUGAAAAAGAUCAAUGUCAUACAAAGACAAAAAGAGUUAUUGGCACCUAUGGAUACAUGGCUCCAGAAUACGCUAUGGCUGGGUUAUUUUCAGUGAAAUCCGAUGUUUUCAGCUUUGGAGUUCUUGUGUUAGAGAUAAUUUAUGGAAAAAGAAAUGGAGACUUCUUUCUUUCAGAACAUAUGCAAAGUCUUCUAUUAUAUACUUGGAAACUCUGGUGUGAAGGAAAAAGUUUAGAAUUAAUCGAUCCAUUCCACAAAAAAACGUAUGUUGAGAGUGAAGUCAUGAAGUGUAUUCACAUUGGUUUAUUGUGCGUACAAGAAGACGCAGCAGAUAGGCCAACGAUGUCCAUCGUUGUUCGCAUGCUAGGGAGUGACACAGUAGACCUUCCAAAACCCACACAACCAGCAUAUUCCAUUGGCAGAAAGUCGAAGAAUGAAGAUCAAAGUUCAAAAAAUUCUAAGGAUAAUUCUGUUGAUGAAGAAACCCUAACUAUUGUUUCACCUAGAUAUGAAGGGCCAAACUCCGUUAUUGUCACUCCUCUUCUUACUGGUUCGAAUUACUUGGCUUGGAGUAGAUCCAUGCAACGUGCUCUUGGCGCGAAAAACAAGCUUGUGUUCAUCAAUGGCGCAGUUCCAAUUCCUGAUCUUGAAGAUUUGAAUCGUGAUGCAUGGGAACGAUGCAAUCACCUUAUUCACUCGAAACAAUUAACAGCCUUGAAAAAUUCACAACACAACAUGACUUGUACUACAAGGUUUCUAAGCUUCAUUCUACUUCAUCACUUCCUCUUCAUGACGCUAACGAAUGCGCAAUCACCAUUUUACAUGUACAGUUAUUGCCAGAAUUCUACUGAAAAAACAGUCAACACUUCAUAUCAAUCCAACGUUAACAACUUUUUGUCAUGGACAACAUCGGAUUCUGCCAAAGGAACUGUAUCUAACCACAACACCAUAGGUAGCAACAACAGCAAUUAUAAUGAUACGGUUUAUGGGUUCUAUGAUUGUCUAGGUCCUAACACAAGAAGUUUCUGUCAAUUUUGCAUCAACACUGCUUUUAGAGAAAUUGCAAAAUAUUGUCCCAACAGUGUCUCGGCUAUUAUAUGGUAUGAUGUAUGCAUCAUGGGUUAUACUAACCAGAAUCCCUCAGGAAGAGUUUUUCUAGAACCAUCAUGGAAUGUAACCGGAUCCAAAAACGUUAAGGACUCAACAGAACUUGGGAAAGCUGAGAAUAGCAUGACGAGUUUGAUACGCAAAGUGACUACAGUAGCGAGUCUCAAUUGGGCAACUGAUGAGUUCAAUUGGAGUGACACUGACAAAAGGUAUGGCUUGGUGCAGUGUAAUACCGAGCUUAGUAAGGAUGGCUGCCGACAGUGUUUGGAGGCUAUGUUGGAAAGAGUUCCUCAGUGUUGUGGAACAAAGGUUGGAUGGGUAGUUUUGUGUCCUAGUUGUGGGUUGAAGAUUGAUGAUUAUAAUUUCUACGAACAACAAACAGGAUCUCCAUCUCCUUUGCCAAAUCCAGGCAAGCAGGAAGGGGCAAGUCAUACCAAAACUUUGAUCAUCAUCGUAGUAAGUGUGCUUGUGGCAGUAGCUCUACUAAGUUGCUAUGGCUACUAUUACUGGAAAAAGAAAGGAUUAAGUGAAGGUGGUUUGCUGUUGAGAACCGUUACGCCGAUGUCUUUCCGUGAUCAUGUUCAAAGAGAUGAUUCAUUGCAUGGAGACCUUCCUAUAAUUCCUUUAAGUGUAAUUCAACAGGCCACGGAUAACUUUUCAGAGUCAUCUAAAUUAGGAGAAGGUGGAUUUGGCCCUGUUUACAAGGGUACUUUACCAGAUGGCACAGAAGUUGCUGUGAAAAGGCUUGCAGAGAUGUCUGGUCAAGGUUCAGAGGAGUUCGAAAAUGAAGUAAUCUUCAUAGCCAAUCUGCAACACCGAAACCUCGUGAAACUCUUGGGCUGCUGCAUGGAGGAAAAUGAAAAAAUACUUGUAUAUGAAUACUUGCAAAAUUCAAGCCUCGACUUUCACCUUUUCGAUAAGGAAAAGCAUAAGCACAUAGAUUGGAGAUUACGACGAAGCAUUAUCAAUGGAAUUGCAAAAGGACUGCUAUACCUUCAUGAGGAUUCUCGACUUAGAGUAAUCCACAGAGAUCUGAAAGCCAGCAAUGUUCUUCUAGAUGAUGAAAUGAAUCCAAAAAUAUCAGAUUUUGGAUUAGCAAGGAGAUUUGAAAAAGAUCAAUGCCCGACAAAAACAGAAAGAGUUUUUGGCACCUAUGGAUACAUGGCUCCAGAAUAUGCUAUGGCUGGCUUAUUUUCAGUGAAAUCCGAUGUUUUUAGCUUUGGAGUUCUUGUAUUAGAAAUUAUUUACGGAAAAAGAAAUGGCGAAUUCUUUCUUUCAGAGCAUAUGCAAAGUCUUCUAUUAUAUACUUGGAAACUCUGGUGUGAAGGAAAAAGUUUAGAAUUAAUCGAUCCAUUCCACCAAAAAAUGUACAUUGAAAGUGAAGUCUUGAAGUGUAUACACAUUGGUUUACUUUGUGUACAAGAAGAUGCAGCAGAUCGACCAACCAUGUCCACCGUUGUUAGCAUGCUAGGGAGUGAGACAGUAGACCUUCCAAAACCCACGCAACCAGCAUUUUCAGUUGGUAGAAAACCCAAGAAUGAAGAUCAAAGUUCAAAAAAUUAUAAGGAUAAUUCUGUUGAUGAAGAAACUAUAACUAUUGUUUCACCUAGAUAGUCAACACUGGUUCACUUUGUGCCAGAUUCAGAAAUGUUUGAGUUCUUGUAGAAAAAGAUUGAGUUCGAAAAGGAAGAAAAUCAUUUUAUAGGUCCAUGAGUACUGUCGGCGUAGUGGUAAGAGUUUGACCUUGUAACCUCAAGGGAAGGAUUUCAAAUCCCAUAUGGGACGGUUAUAAAGUGACCAUUGGUUCUACUUCCCCAAUUUUUUGUUAGAAAAGAAGGAAACCAUUUUUAAGUUCCUGAUGCUACCCUAGAUUUAUUAGAACGAUGAUGAAACACAUGUUCAAUUCUCGGUUGAGCUGGAAAUAUACAUUUGAUGUGUUCUUAGUUUGCCAAUGUUUAAUUCUCCAACACAAAGUCAUUUUUAACAUGUAACACAUAAAGGAAGCGAUUCAAUUCGCUUCAUGUAUGUCUUCUAAAAUACAAAGUUGUAGGAUACAUUUUUAACAUAUAAAGUUACCGAAAAUAUUAACGAAUAAAGUUUUGAA